AUGCUCAUCACCACGCUCGCCUGCUCGCUCCAGCUCAACACCACCGCCGUCCACCACCCCGACACGUCCUCCGCCUCCUCCACCUUCCCUCUACCUCCUCCGCCUCCUCCACUGUCGCCACCACCACCACCCACACCACCACUACCACCGCUUCCUCCACCUCAUGCCGCUCCUCUGAGUUCACCGCCCUCCUCCGCACCGCCCUCCUUCGUGCCGCCCUCCUCGACCAGGCAGCAGCUGCCCUAUCCGCAUCCGCAUCCUUGCGCACUGGCCGGUGCUAGCGACGACAUCAGGCUCGCAGUUGCUGCCUCGGACGACACCGACUCGACGACACCGACUCGACGACACCGACUCGAUGACACCGACUUGACGACACCGACUUGA